UCCAGACUAAGGGGCGGAAACGGCACAUUUUUUUUGUUGUCAAGCUAGCGGCUCCGCUUUUCGACAUUAAAUCCACACAAGCGGCGGCGGUGUGCCUGCGUUACAGUCACACAGCGGCAAUAGCGUUGUUGCACGUGUACAGAAAAUUACCAUUUUUUAACUGAUCGGAACCUGCUGGUCCCCGGGUCCACCUGAUGAGUAUGAGCCAGACUACAGAACCCUCGAACGAUGCGCCCGCUGUUACAGAAGAGGCUAAAGUGACUCCAGCAGAGAAGAAGGAAAAGAAACCAGAUGAUGUUGCAGAGGAAGAGGAGGAGGAAGAGUAUGUGGUGGAAAAGGUGCUGAACCGGCGGGUGGUGAAAGGCAAGGUAGAAUACCUGCUCAAGUGGAAAGGCUUUUCUAAUGAAGAUAAUACCUGGGAACCAGAGGAAAACUUAGACUGUCCGGAUCUGAUCGCAGAAUAUCUGCAGAACCAGAAAACGGCGCACGAAGGAAAAAGGAAGGGCGGAGACGCAGAUGGAGAUGAAAGCAAAUCCAAAAAAAAGAAAGAUGAUAACGAGAAGCUAAGGGGCUUCGCUCGAGCUCUGGAGCCAGAACGGAUCAUCGGUGCCACAGAUUCCACAGGAGAACUCAUGUUCCUCAUGAAAUGGAGGAACUCGGACGAAGCCGACCUGGUGCCGGCCAAAGAGGCCAACGUGAAGUGUCCGCAGGUGGUCAUCUCCUUCUACGAAGAGAGGCUCACUUGGCACUCGUAUCCCUCCGAAGACGAGAAGAAAGAUGAGAAAAACUAACAGAGGAGGAGGUCCAGGAGAACUUCCAUCAUGCUUCUGAUGGGUGUGGGGGUGGGGGGAGAAGACCAGCAAGACAUUGUGAACUCGUCUUUUGGUGUAGUGUCACUCAUCAGGGUCUACUUUUUGUGUGGAUAGAAUCAGUUCUACGCUUUAGAUUUGCUUCAUGGAUUAAAAGACGAAAACAACGCAGUGUUAGUUUCGAGUAAACAUUCGUCACUUUUAGUAUCGUUUCCCGUCUGUGUCGUUUUUCUCCGUUUCCUGCACAGGCCGAGUGCCACGAUUUAAAAGGUGCUCAUUGCAAAGUCGUGACGACCGGACAUAAGAAAUCCACAAACCAUAAAUUACAAAACAAAUCCAAACUAAAUUUUUACUUAAAGAUUUGUGAUCGGAUGCCAACUACCACGUUUGUUUACCUACGGAAACAGCCGAGGGGACUGAAAAUGGGUCAAACUUGCGACCUUGUUUGUUUACAUACCGACGUAUUGAUGUCGUGGUUUUCAGAGGAUUCAGCCAAGUGAUGUUUACGCUGAGCGCAGACCCGCAUUUUAGAUUUGAAUAUGUGGAAAACUACCAGAGUAAACCCUUAAACUGCACCACUUGAUGGUGACUUCAUGUUCGAUUUCAUACUUUGCAAUGAGUCCCUUAAACUGGUUUGUUGUAAUUAACUAGUUUUAAACUGUUUGUAAAAACGAGGGCAGGUACAGAAUGUUUUUUUUUAAUUUCCAGUUCAGGAUGUCAUCGUUUACUUCAUGUAAACAAACCCAGACGGCACAAACUAACUCACUGUAAUUUUAUUUUUUACAAAAUAGCAAAACAUGAAGUCUUGAAAAAAGAAGCAAACCCUGAGCUGAGACUUGGGUGUCCCAUUCAAUUCUUCUUGGACUGAAAACAGUCGAUUAGUUAAGAGUGAUCCUUUUUAUUGUGCCAUUGCUUUUAAAACUUGAGGUUUAUUGUGUUUUGGGAGCAGAGCUGAGUUCACGUUGGCAGUUUCCUCCAGACGUGUUUGGUGUUCGCUUAGAAAAGCUGGUUUUGUGAUUAAUUUAGCCGUUGUAGUCUUUGUACUGUUCUUCGUCUUGCUUGUCGCUUUUGGAAAAUAAAUCACUUUUUGUUAAAA